AUGGGGGAGCAGGGCGCGGGCCCGGCCUCGGCAGGGGCGGCGGCAGAGGCCGGGGCGGGCGGGAGCGGCGGCCCCAGCAACCCCGCCUUGCUGCCGCCGGGAGACCCGCAGCUUAUCGCGCUCAUCGUGGAGCAGCUCAAGAGCCGCGGCCUGUUUGACAGCUUCCGCCGGGACUGCCUGGCGGACGUGGACACCAAGCCAGCUUACCAAAACCUGAGGCAAAAAGUGGAUAAUUUUGUGUCGACACAUCUGGACAAGCAGGAGUGGAAUCCUACGAUGAACAAGAACCAGUUACGAAAUGGGCUGAGGCAGAGUGUGGUUCAGUCAGGAAUGCUGGAAGCAGGAGUAGACAGGAUUAUUUCUCAGGUGGUGGAUCCAAAACUCAACCACAUCUUCAGGCCACAGAUUGAACGAGCGAUUCAUGAAUUCCUGGUGGCCCAGAAAAAAGAAGCUGUGCCAGCACCUCCUCCUGACCCAGAGAGCCAGGACCUGCCUGCCCCGUCCCAGGACACUUCCUAAGAAUAUUCCUGGCACCUUUUGAAAACUCCAUUUAAUUAAUUGUGAAGAAAUGGAUCCCUGUUCCAAGAGAGCAUGACUUCAUCGG